UGGACGUACCCCAGCAGCAACCUCAGCUCACGAUCCCCAUCCCUGUCUACAGAUCCAAUAAGAGGGGUAGCGACGAGCUGUUGUCGCAAAGCGGGGCAGUCAGCAAUGGUGCUGCAAUGAGUCCACAACCACAUCACGCGGCCGACAACAACAAUGACGCCAAGAAGGUCAAACUCGAUAAGAGCCACAACGGCAAACUCUCGAGGGUCAUCCAUAUCAGAAACAUCCCAAACGAGGUUUCUGAGAAUGAGAUCAUCCAACUUGGUGUCCCGUUCGGCCGCGUCACGAACGUCCUCGUCCUCAAAGGGAAAAAUCAGGCGUUUCUGGAAAUGGCAGAUGAGAACGCAGCGGCGACGAUGGUGAACUUCUAUGCGACGUGCAUGGCUCAAUUACGGGGCAGAGCGGUCUACGUACAAUUCAGCAACCACCGCGAGCUUAAAACGGAUCAGACGCACACCAACAAUGCGAACUCGAACAACCAAGUGGCUCUUCCUGGGCAGAACCAGGUGGCCCAGAGCCAAGCAGAGACUCAAGGCGGUCCCAACACUGUUCUCAGAGUGAUAGUCGAGCAGAUGGUUUACCCAAUUUCCUUGGACGUGCUCUAUCAGAUAUUCACACGUUUCGGCAAGGUUUUGAAGAUCGUCACCUUCACCAAAAAUAACACGUUCCAGGCGCUAAUACAGUACGCGGACAUGGUGUCGGCGCAAACGGCCAAACUGUCGCUGGAGGGGCAGAACAUUUACAACUCGUGUUGCACGCUGCGCAUCGACUAUAGCAAAAUGCAGAACUUGAACGUGAAGUACAACAACGACAAGUCGAGGGACUACACCAAUCCGUCGUUGCCGACAGGAGACGCGAACCUGGACGCUGCCUCCCUCGCCCUGGGAGGCGAGCUCCUUCCACAAUUGCUCAUGGGCGCCGGUUCCCAGCCACGUGCCAGAAUACCCGCAGUAAUUAGCAAUCCUAAUUAUCUGAUGGUCACGCCUGACGCUCUCUUUACCCUGUUUGGCGUUUACGGGGAUGUACAACGUGUGAAAAUCCUGUAUAACAAGAAGGACUCGGCGCUCAUACAGAUGGCCGAACCGCAUCAGGCGCAUUUAGCGCUGACGCACAUGGAUAAGCUGAGGGUGUUUGGCAAGGUGAUCAAGGUGAUGCUGAGCAAGCAUCAGACGGUGCAGCUGCCUAAGGAGGGGCAACCGGACGCUGGCUUGACUAAAGACUACACCAACAGCCCCCUCCAUCGGUUCAAGAAGCCCGGGUCGAAAAACUAUCAGAACAUCUACCCGCCAAGUUCCACUCUGCAUUUAUCUAAUAUUCCUGCUACUGUGACCGAAGAGGAGAUAAGGGACGCGUUCACCAAGAACGGUUUCACUGUGAAGGCAUUCAAGUUCUUCCCAAAGGACAGGAAAAUGGCACUGAUACAGAUGCCUAGUAUGGACGACGCCGUCGCAGCUCUGAUCAAAAUGCACAAUUACCAGCUGAGCGAGUCCAACCACCUGAGAGUCUCAUUUUCUAAGAGCAACAUCUAACAAGAGUCACAACAAGCAACCAACCGACAGUGGUAUCAGCCCUACGCCCUAGUCCCCUUUUGGAUACCCGGCUCGGUGUACGACUGAUGACAAACGUAAAACAAGCAACGACGUCCUCGUCCGUUGGAUAUCGAGCGUUUCCAACAUUCUGGAUCAUAGAAAAGAAUUUCCAACCGGGUGAACAGAACAAAAAAGAAAGAAAGAAAGAGGAAACAGUUGAGUCGCGUUUUCUACAUAGCGUCGAUCGUCGAAUAUUAAACACAGAACGGAUCCUCCUAUUUGGAGGAGCCGAGGGACGAGGAAAAGAGAGAGGGGAGAACACAAAUGAAACACAGACACCGGAAACGCGAGAAUAAUCGGGCCGGCUAGGUGAUUGCCGGCGAUUUGAGAAAAGAAAGAACAAAAGGGGGCUCUUGUACAGAGUUACGAGAACAAUUUUUUUCCGAGCGUUAAGGUAUAUUCUAUAUACACAAAUCUAUAUAUAUAUAUGUAUGUAUAAGAAGAGAAAAAGGGCAACACUGUAUCUAUGAAAACUUAAUUUUGAACCGCCGCGAGUCUGUCUGAAACGCGCUGACGCGGGGUAUUAAACUGGAGGAGAACAAGGAAAAACACAUAAGGAGAAUUUGAAAGUAAAGCGCGCGUACCAAAAGAGCCAGAACCGGGAGAGGAGAAUUAAUCUAAUUAGAAACGUUAAGGCUAAUUGUCAACACGGGACCCUUUGCAGCAGGCAGCAGCUUUUAUCGCGAGAGGUGCUAGAUGAAUCUACGCUCGCGCUCCCUGGAAUCCCCGGCGGCCGUCGUUAACUAUUGUAGAUCACCGCGGACGGGCACCGUCGGGUGGGGUUUCCAGGGGACACGAAGUCGCGUCCCGUACGCCGCGCCCCGCCACACCCCGAAAAUCGUUUUCCGUUUCUGGUUUUUCUAAAAAAGAAAAGAGAAAAAAAAAACAUACACACAUACACGAAAAAGAGAGAAAAUGACCUUCGUUCAGUAUUCGCCGGCGUCCGGGGCGCGGCGGCCAUGUUGCCGCCGUUUUCUGUCGUUCGCAGGUGGUAUUUUUAUAAUUUGUAUGCUCGAGACGAUAAGUAUUAAUCACACGACACACGUACAUAAAAAAAAACUGCGAACACACACACGCACACACAUACACACACGUAUACACACACGCGAGGAAUAGCAGAGACAUUCGGACGCAGGUUUUUUCUUAGCUGAUAGGUGCUUAGGAUCGCGUAGUUUCUUUAAUCGUAAUUAAGUAACGGAGAUUUAAGGACGAGGAAAUAAAAUGCGCACGUCCUUGGAUAUGCACUCGUUUAAACGACCCUCAGACAAUUCUACCUUUGUAUCUGACGCAUCGUGGGUAAACCUAAGGUGGAAUUGUUUGAGACGUUUAAUCGGUCGUAUAGUAUUUUGACAAAAGUGGUGGAGUUUGGUAAGGACCGUUGAACAUAUCGAUAAUUAAGGGAGGCACGCGCACGGGUAGGUGAUAACGGUGCAUACUAAAUGCAUGUAUAUUUUCGGGAUUGUUCGGCAUUCGACGACUCCGUUUGUUCAGGGAUUUCACGUUGGGCCUCCAUCGCACAGCCGUUCCAUCGAUUACUGCCAUUCGUGUCUUUUUAAUUUCAUAACAAAUCCUUUAACCGAUUGACAUAAACGCGCAUAUCAAAUAAUUGAUUUAAUUAUACUUUUCGAUUUUAUUAUAAAACAUAUAAAUAUUCCUGGAGUUUAAUUUGUCUCGUUCCGAGGGACGGCUGUGCGAAAGAGGCCCAAUCGGCGAGGCUCGUCGCGUGGUUCAGGUGAUUCGUUUACGGUCGAGAGACGAUUAGUUCCUGAUCACCGAGCAUUCCUUUUUUUUUUUUUUGACGAUGACGAGUGACGCGGCCGCAAAGGCGACGUGGAACGAAACCCACAGAGGAAUCGACCAGAUUUAGUAGAGGGAACCGGAUAUACACACGUAAGGCAAAUACAUAUUAAAUAAGUUAGGGGAGAAGCAGCAACCUUUGUCCCGUAGGGCUGGUCUGUCGUGUUUUUCGAUGCGCUGGUGUCGUGUAAGAUUAAACACACGUACAUAACAUACAACACAAACACAGAUUAAGUAGCCUAGAGUCCGCAAGGAGUUAGGGAUUAAGGGCAGUAAUCGAAUUCCUGAGCGAAGUUUACAAAAGGGCACGAGUACACAUUUUAAAUGAGGACGGUCACGGUGGAAUCGUGUCAAGGUGGGAUUUAUCAAUUAGCGGUAGAGAUCGGUGAUAAGAGGGGCCCAGCCGGUACUGAGACAGAAACGGCCUCAAGCCUAAGGAAAGAGAUAAGUAGAAAGAAACAGAGAGGAAACCGGAACUGGGCGCCCGAAUUUUUGUCGAUACCGACAAAAUUUUUGUUGGAGUCAAUUAAAUCUUAUUAAAUAUAUACGUAUAUUGUA